CCAGCCUCGAAACAUCAGAAGCCUUUCCAGGGUCCGACGAAUGCGAGGUCAUACUUUGAAAGGCACCUUCAUAUCUGAAGAUAGUCGAUGUUGAGUAGAAAAUGCAUUGAAGUUCUCAGAAGCCCAAGGGUUAAUCAAGGAUGUCUUCUGAAAGUGGAAAUGGUGAUAAGAAGUUCCCAUGUACUUACCAGGGUUGCAACCGUAUAUACAAAACAAAAGGGAAUUUGAAAACACACCUGAGGAUACACAAUGGUGACUUCAGCUACAGAUGUGAAUACGAUGGUUGUGAAAAAUCGUUUGUAUCAUCAUAUAGCUACAAAAUACACCACAGAAUCCACACAAAGGAAAGGCCGUAUCAAUGUGAAAGUGAUGGGUGUGAGAAGAAAUUUAAUACAAGAUACAGAUUGCGAGCCCAUAUGCGAAUACACAAUGGAGAUACUUUUGACUGUACAUUUGAUAACUGCAACAAAGGGUUUACUACCAAGAGCGACUUACAAAAGCACGAAAGAACACAUUCGGGAGAGCGACCUUAUAGAUGCGUUAUAGAAAAUUGUGGGCAGACUUUCACGGCCUCUCACCAUCUUAAAAUUCAUACUCGUAAGCACACCGGUGAAAAACCUUUUGAAUGUAAAGCUGGUGGCUGCGAGAAGUCAUUUAGUACAAAAUUUGCAUUGAAGUCACACCAACAGAUCCAUUUCAAAAAGCUGGAAAAAACAGAUUUUGACUCAAGCCAGGAUGUAAACAGUGAACUGGAUGAAAAUUCAUCGGGCCUAUUUUCGGGUCCAGUAGCACACCAUUUCAAAAGCGAGUUCACUCCAGAUUCAUCUUGUAACGCCAUUUGUGUCAGUGGAACAUCAACUAUCACAAGCGUACAUAGUGUUGGCAACGAGCAUGAUGUUAUCCUAGACAUUCGCUCGAGCGCAAACUUUCAAGAAAAUCUCGAUGUGAUUCCUCAAGAGCUGCUUGCUCUGUCACUGCUUGCAGGUUUUGUCCAGGAGGGAAGUUUCUUUACCGAUACCUCUUUAGCAAAUGCCGAUAGCUUUGAGAGCGACAUCAGGACAGUAGAUCAAGGCUUAAUGUCAGAAAACUCUGGAAUCACAACUUCAUUGGUCCCAAUACCUAAUGCAAUAUCCAUUGGAGAGGUCCCUGUCAACCACAAGGUGUCUAGUGAUAUAACAAUUGAUGUUCUCUCAUCUCAGGAUGGCUUUUCGUACUUGAGCAGCUUGAACGAUAUUGCUGAUGUUAAAACUGAUGGGCGGAAUGGAUCCGAGGUUGGCAGUGUUGGCUGCAUAGAUAUUGUUUCUUUAGCAGAGAAAAGUAACGUUGAUGCUUUGAAUUUUAGUCAGAGUGUCAUUGACAGCCGUGUAGAGCAAGUGUUCUCAAAAACGUUCAGUCAGUAUCAAUUAGCACCAAAUGUUCUUGCCCAAGGGACUAGUACAACAACUACUCAAGGGACAUUGAUGGUAACAGGCAGUACCCAGACUUCUGAUUGCAUUCCAACCACUGAGUCAGUUCAGCCAACAACCAAUGGCAUUAUAGAUACUUUACUUGAGAAAGAAGUUAUAUCGCUACUUAAGGGGCAGGGCCAUUCUUCUAAAGAUGAUGUACUAUCUAGUUUUCCAAACAAUUACAUACACAAUUCAUCAUCGGCAUUUGUUCCAGAAGUUACUUCUAGUGACCAAGCAAAUGAUAAAAUUUCUUUACAGUCGGGAGAUUCACAGAUUACCGACGUAGUUUCGUUGUGCCUCGAUGCUGUCCAAAGUACAAACAACAACUUCUCUACCAUUGCUGAGAAUGGCCUAGUUAGUAACAGCUCGGAAAAACAAAAGCUACCGCCUGUUAUUAUAGAUGGUGGAGGGAGACAAGUUGUCGUGAUAAAUAGCCCAGUUAUUCAUGGAAAUACAACUGAAAUAACAAAGAUUGAUUUGCCAGGGCACCGACAGGCUAAUGAUAUCACGCCGUCUGAUUCCAGACCAAUUAUCAUAAACAUCUGGCCACAGGUUGAGAGUAAAAGCGGCUAAGAUCAUUGAAACACACCUUCCUCGAAGUUGUUGUUGGAUGACUUGUAGAUCAUCCAAUUUAUUAUGUUUUACGCCCGCGCAUUUAAAGUCAUAUAGUACUUUUGCCAGACAGUUGUAAAUGCAAGUUAUGAGUUCAACUCUUUUCUGGGAGGCUCCCUACGUCAGUUUUAUUGAUAUUAAGUGUUUACAGAGUAUAGUCGUUUGAGAGCUUUUAUAUAACCUGGGGCUAUUUUAGAUAGCAGAGCAUGUCUAUUUGCAUGUGUGUUUUUGUGUGGUAACUGCCCAUAAGAAAACCCAAUUGUGAAUCGCACACCUUGGAGUACUGUUUGAAUAACCUUGAAGAGAUUAGGCAGUAUGCUUUACCCUACACCGCAUACAAAAAUGACGUUGAGAUGGGCAGCAUUUAUAUAUAAAUAUAUACAUGAAACAACAAAUGCGUAAUGGUUUGCUAGAAAAAUAGCCCAGUUACCAAGUUUUCUACGUCUUUCUCGCAAUACUUUAGACAUAAAACUUUUGAUUUUCCUAGAAACCUAAUUUAAUUGUUAGUAGAUAUAUAUAGGUCAUGGCAGUCUACGGUACCCUUAAAAGGA